AUGGAAGGAUCGGAAGCUGAAGCUCACGUGACAGGAGCUGAAGAAUCCGCGACACAAGUUGGGAAUGCUGAAGAAUCCGUGACGACAGUAGCUAGUAACGCUGCUGAAGACGCUGCCGAGACGAGUGAUGCUGGUAGCGCGCUUCAGGACGUGAUAGUGUUUGAAGAUGCAGAAUAUUUUGGCGCCAAGUUUGAGAGUUUCUGGAACAGGCUUUUUAGCAACUACUCGGCCUACGAUGAAACCACAACUAUCCCCGCCAUGUGUUACACGCACGACAAUAGAAAUGCCGACAACGUCAGAGCAAUGGACACUCUGCAGGUUGUUUCAGUAAAAGUUGCAUCGAUUGAAGAGGGUUUACACUGGCCGCUGCAAGUGUUCGGUAUGGUCUCUGCACGCGAUGUGUUGGAUCGCAAGCGCAACAUUAUCUUUCACCGCGAAAGAGAUAAAUGUCAAACUAUCACUGAAAAGGAUCCAUACUUAACAUUGACUGGUCCUAGCCGUGCAGUUGUGGUGUGCAUUGAUCCUUCUUACAUUGAGAUCGUGCUGAAGGUGAAGGGGGCUACUGAAUCAGAGGAUAAAGAGCUAAGCCGCCUAGCUUUGAGUUACCGUCUCUCUUCCUUGGUAAAUGGUCUUUACCCUAGUGAGCUUAGCACGUUGGAGUUGAUAUUUACCCAAGAAUAUAGUUCUGUGGAAGCCACGGUCCAUGUAAAAGUCAUUGGAGGGUCAUGGCCAGAUGGUUUCAAGGGCGUGUUUAGUGCUGCUACCGCUAGAUCAGAGAGCUUGAAAGUCAAGCUACUUGAUGUUGGAGACGAUGGGUUGCCAGUUGAUGCUGCCGAUGGCACGAUCAGGCUUUCACGCCGCGUUGUCUCUGUUGAGCUGGACGGGAUGCUGAAAGUAUUCGUCUCUGCGUGUUCUGCUGCUGGUGAUGAAGAGCACUGUGAAGCGUCUUUUGUACCUGAGAAAGCUGGUGUUUCAGGUGUUGAGCUUAAGAUUGGCUCAUGUCGUAUGGAGGCAACUGUUGCCUGGUCCCUUUUCUGUCGCCAUUGA